AUGUCUGUGACGGCCGAGGCUGUUGCAGCAGAGCUGCAAGCUCUAAGGAAUGAGCUGCUGGAAAGCAGGCGCAGGGAGGACGAGCUGAACAACCGGGUGCAGGCGUUGCAGACCGGUGGGCAUGGGCUUCAGGAGGCGAUGGCUGCACUGGCAGCCGUGCAAAGGGAGACCUUGGAGAGAGCCCGUGCCAGGGAAGAGAAGGUGACCCUUGUGGACAACAAGGGCUUGGCGAAGCCCGACAAGUUCGGGCGCCAUGGAAGCGAAGGAAGCUUUCUGCAAUGGAAGGUGCGGCUGGAGACCUUUAUCCUGAGUGUGCACAAGGACCUCGAGCAGCCGUUGGCGUACGCAGAGGACUGCGAUGAGCAGCUUACGGAGACGAGGCUGAAGGCGCUGUUCGGCCCGACGACGCCAGCGGUGGUGCACGUGCCGAACUUUGAGGAGAAGGAUGCGCAACUGCACGCGGUGCUGCAGACGCUGUGUGAGGGCGAGGCCUUUACGCUGGUGAGGAGCGCCGGCCGGGGAGCCGGGCUUGAGGCGUGGAGGAAGCUCCACCGGCGGUACGACCCAAGUACCGGAGGGCGCCGGCGAGCGCUCUUGAGGUCGGUGCUUGCACCGCAGAAGUGCCAGCGCAUCGAGGACCUCUCUUCCUCGAUAGAGCUUUGGGAAGAGGCGGUGCGCCAGUUUGAGGCGCGGCGGCGCCCAGAUGGAUCAAGGGCGCAGCUGGAUGAAGAUAUAAAGGUGGCUGUGCUGGAAGCCAUGUGCCCGAGCGACCUGGAGAAACAUCUCCAGCUGUCGCGCCACCGGCUGACCACGUACGAGGAGGUCCGGGGCGAGUUGGCCAGCUACUUGGAGACGAGGCUUGGAGCAAAGGUGCAGCUGAGCCUGCCCGGUGCGUCAAAGGACGACCAAGGACCUGCCCCAAUGGAUGUCGGUGCCUUUGACAAGGGCAAGGGCAAGAAAGGAAAGGACAAAGGAAAAGGAAAAGGCGGAAAGGCAGCCGGGGGCAAGCAAAAGGAAACCCGCGAGUGCCACAACUGCGGGAAGGUGGGCCACCUGGCGGCGAACUGCUGGCUGCCAAAGAAGGAGAAGAAAGGGAAAGGCGAGCCGCACAAGAAGGGCAAAGGAAAAGAAAAGAAGGGAAAAGGAAAAGGAGGAAAGAACCUCCACAAUGUGGAAGAAGCCGAGCCAGAGGAGGAGAGCGAGGAGCCGGAGGCGAACUUCCUCGCGAUCGCCGGGCUCACCGAGGUCUCGCUUAGCGAAAGCGAGGACGAGGGCCUCCAUGACACGAGUCGGCCUUAUAGGCCCACCAUUGUCGAGGGGGCCGCGGUGAAGAAGGAGCCGGGCGAAAGCAGCCACGAGCCCAAGGCUGCGGAGAGCUUGGAACAGGGACCUGGUGAAGGGGCGAGUGGAGCUUCUAGUUCCGCCGGCCCCGGCCCCGCAAGGGAGCCGAAGGAAGAAAUGAAAGAAGAAGAGGAAGAGAUGAAAGAGGAAGAAGAAGAAAGCAGCGAGAGCAGCAGCAGCUACGUGGAAGUGCUGCUUUACCCGGGCGACCCGGGCUACGACAGCUUAGGGGAAGGCGGCGCCACCGACAGUGACGAGGAGUACAUGGAGGUGUGCGUGGAGCCCUGUGGGUACUGCUACUUCGAGGAGUGCGACCAGCGGCACGACGACGAGUUUCGGCAUGUGUGCCCCACGUGCCGACUUGCCAAAAUGAGCGCGGACCACAAGUCGAAGGUGCUGCUGUGGACCCCCUUGGAGGCUUUUGAGUUUUCGGUGGACAAGACCAUUUGUGUGGUCAAGGGCCUCAGCUUGGAGCAGUUCCGGGAGCUGACCGAGGAGCAAAAGGGGGCCUACAGGGACGCCGUGGACCCGGAGCAGGUGAAGCGCAUCAACCAAUACGAUUUGCUGAAGGGCCUCUCGCGCUUUCGGAGGCUGAGCGGAAAAGCUUCCAAGAAGGCCGGCCACGCGCAGGAGGACCCGAGUCAGGCCAGUGGCCAGGCCGGGGUCCGGGGUGAGCAGGCCAGUGGGUCUAAGGACCUGCCCGCGCGGCCGAGCGGCGCGGCGUCGGGAACCCUGAUGCACCGGACCAUCGAGAUGCUCGAGAUCACGAACCUGGCCGCCGAGAAGCGAGAGAAGGCGCAGCUGCUGGAAAUGGAAGAGGACCCCGAGGAGGUGCAGCGCCUAGAGGCCAGGAUUCGGGAGAUCGACGCGGAGGUGAAGGUGCUGAAGGAGAGAACAAAGGCCGCGGACCGCGAGGCAAGCAAGAAGCCACAGCUCACGGCCGAGACCGUGCUGGACCAGACCUGGCACGACGCCAGGUACCACAAGGCCGUGGCAGCGGGAGUGAGCCACAGCCAGGCGUGGCACGAGGAAAAGAAGAGAAGGAAAGCUGCCUUGCACCGGCAGCAGGGCACGGCGGACCGUGCAAAGGAGCGCUUGGAGAGCGAGCGCGAGUACCACGACGAGGCGGCCCCUGGGUUGGAGACGGAAGCCGUGGAAGAGACGGACCAGGGAAGGCUGCAGGUGCUCACCGGGAGCACGCGGCAGGUGAAGCGCGGAGACCUGCGCAAAGGUGAGGAGGCUACCUUCGUGGCCUCGGCAAGGACCUACCGGAAGCUCAGCCAGGCGGAGGUGAGCCGCUUCAAGACGGAGACCAAGGAAGACGAGCGGAAGGUCAUGGAACGCAAGCGCGUGGACCUGCAGAAGAAGCGUGCGGGAAAUGACCGAGGAAAAGAAGGACGCGAGAAAGAAAAGAGUGAAGGCGGCGAGCCGGAGGAAGGAGGCUUGCCGAGACCUCCUGUGGUUCGGGGAGUGCACCCGAGCGCGGUGCCCUUUUGGGCACGACCCGGAGCUGGUGAAGAAGGCGAAGUUUUCGGUGUGCUCGGAGUUCAGCCGCGGGGCGGCAAGGUGCGAGUGGGACCUCUGGUUCCACCGAUCGUGCUGCGCGAGGCACCGAAGCGGGAGCACGCGAAGGAAGAGCCGUUGGACCUUGCGCACCUUAGUGGGGCGUGCGAGGAGGAAAGCUGGGACGGCUACAAGAAGGUGACGGUGAACUUCGACACGGGGGCGGCCAUCUCGGCCAUACCCGUGGAGGUGGCAAGGGCGGCCACAAAGAAGACCGCGGCGAGCGAGAAGUGCUACCGCACCGCAAGUGGCGAGGUGAUCGAGGACCAGGGUGGAGCCUUGGUUCAGGGCUACGACGCUGCAGGCGUCGGGCGCAAGAUCGAGGGCCGCGUCACCGACGUGCACCGCAUGCUGGCUUCGGGCGCAGCUGUGGGGAAGCACAACCACGUGCUGCUGAUGGGCAGCAAAGGGUACGUGAUGCCCAAAGGCGGCAAGAUCGCCAAGGCGCUGGAGAAGACGUUUCGGGAGACCGCUGAGGCGGGGCACGGCAAGGACGUGCUGGAGAUGGAAGAGCGCCGGGGCAUCUACGUGUUCGACCUGUGGGUCAAGGAGAGCAAAGAGAAGGACUGUGCGACGGUCGGUGCCCUCGGCGAGGGCACAAGCGAGGAGGCAAACACCGGCAGGCGCGCAAGCCGUAAGGCAAGAAGAGCGCGAGGCAAAGGGCCGAGCCGGACCAUUGGUCCGGCCGCGCCCAAGGCAGGCGCGAGUGGGUCGAGUCGGGCCCGGGGAUUGGCCGAACCCGAGGCGGCAGGGGCGAGCCAGGCCAUUGGCCAGGCCGGCCCCGGUGCGGCAGAAGGUGAAGGUGAAGGUGUGGGGGCGAGUCGGUCCGAUGGACCGGCCGACCCCGAAGGGGAAGGAAGCGGUGAGCAGCGGAGGGCACGUGUGCCCCGGGCGCCCACGCGCCAAGAGCACGAGGCCACGGGCCACGUGAUCCAUAGAAGCUGGUUCCCCCACUGCGUGCGGGCACGAGGCGACUUGGAGAGACACCCGAGGGUGAAAGAAGAGGACCGCAGCAUCCCCACGAUCUCCUUCGACUACUUCUUCUUUUCGGAGGAGGGGCAACCACACCUGCAAGUGAAGGAUGAUUUUACGAAGAUGAUGUGGUCGAGCGCCAUCCCUGCGAAAGGCGCCGACCCGUUUGCGGCAAACUUUGUUGCUGCGUGUGUUGGCGAAACGGGGUAUCGGAAGAUUAUCCUGAAAUCGGACAACGAGGCAUCUUUGAAGGCGCUCAAGGAGCUUGCGAAGCAAAGCAUACAGGGCGUUGAGGUACUGCCUGAGGAGUCGAAGACUGGAGACUCUAGGGCGAAUGGCCGGGUCGAGGCUUCGGUCAAGGAGACAAAGCGGGAGGUUCGGGCCUUGCUGUCUGACCUCCGGUCGAGAAUAAAGAAGGAGAAACUGCACGACAAUCACCCCAUGAUGGCGUGGGUGAGCAGGCACUCCGACUUUCUUAUCUCGAGGUAUAGGAUUGGCCAGGACGGCCGCACAGCUUACGAAAGGCUGAAGGGCAAGGUUUGGAGACUGCCUUGUGUGUGUUUUGGAGAGCGGGUCUGGUUCAGACCGCUGGCUGCGUACGCAAAGAAGCACCUGAGCAAGGGCACGGACCCAAAGGUGCUGGCCGGACACUACGUGGGAACCCAUGCGCGUAACGGCGACGCCUUGGUGAUGACCACGCAGGGCGUUCUGAGGGGUGGCUCUCUCAGGAGGAUGUCACCCGAGGAACGCUGGAACGACGACGAGUUCGACAAGUUGCAAGGGGUGCCCUGGAAGCCCAUGGCAUCCGAGGAGAGCAGGCGCACAGAGGCGCCGGUGAAGGUGGAUCUGCCAGAGAUGGUGGGCCCAACAGAGGUUGCUACAAGGGCCUCUGGAGCAAGGAACCUCUACGUGAUGAGGUCGGACGUGGAAAACGAUCCAACGCCUGGGUGUCCAGGCUGCGAGGCAAUCAUGCUGGAUUUGCCCGCGGGGAAAGCGCGCGUGGAACGCGCCAUGAAGCGAAAGAGUGCGGCCAUGGACGGCCGCCCUGACGCACAGGAGAGCGAGACACAGGCCGCUACAGCGCUAGGUGCGCCGGAGGAUGCGGCUGUGGGCGAGAAGCGGAAGCAAGAAGGAUCUACAGAGGAAGCUGUGGACAAGAAGGGCCGGGCGGAGACCAAAGGCACUAAACGGCCAGGGGUGGACCCUGAAGACCUCUACUGGGAGGACCAACUGGAGGAGCCACAAGUGGUGGAGGUCCAGCCUUCUAGCGGGUCUGCCGCUGAAGGGUCUUCGCUCAGCCACUCAGCGUUUUGGAGCCCAGUGGUGCCUGGAGCACCUGCUGGAGGACCGAGUCAGGCCGGUGGCCAGGCCGAGUCCGGGGGAGAGCAGGCACAGCAGACAGACGAUGCUAUGCCUGAGGCUAACCUUUUAGAGCUAGCACAGCUGGUCGUGGACGACCCUGGUGACAGUGACUUGUGUGAGGUUGCCGGGCUUCUGAAGAGCCUGGGCAAGCGAGGGCCUGAAGAGGCCACUGGGCGACUGGCGGAGGUCCACAACAAGCUGGGUCAAGAGGCCGAGUGUUUAAAGGCCAAGCUGUGUACCGAGAAGCCGUUGCUUCUCGUAGGGUCGCUUCCUGCGGGACCCUUUUCUCCUGCGGCUACGCUGUUCAAGAAGAGUGCCAAGCCGCAAAAGCAACUGGCGGAGGAGGGGAAAGCCCAACUUCGCAACCAGGUGGAGUGUUUUGAGGAGCAGCACGCGAGCGGGCGGUACUUUCUCUACGAGCACCCGCGCGGCUGCGGUGGCUGGGAAGAGCCAAGUUUUCGGGACCUGCGACUGCACGAAGGGGUGCAGGUGGUGGAAGGUCCUGUGUGCAAGUGGCGCUUGGGCGCCAGCUACGUGAAGCGUGUGACAAGGUGGGUGACCAACUCGGCCAUUUUGGCCGCGAGGUUGAAGGCACAGUGCGUGCAACCGAUGCAGCGGAAUCCGCAGAUCGUUGAGGGUACAGCGUGUGAGCCUGGAAAGUACCCGGCACCCUUGGCGAAGGCCAUCCUUACGGGCCUCAAGGGUGUUCUGUUGGAAACGGGCGAGCUGAGCGCGGUCACUGCGCACACAGCCGGCCCGGUGCCAGACGAGCCAGAGCUCGAGGUGGACUGGUCCCAGUACGUACCCACGGGUGACAGGGUGUAUUGGGAUACCAUCACGGGCGCACAGCUGGAUGCGGACCACGUCGAGCGUGCCCGUGCAGAGGAACUGCAAUGGGUGCGGAAACAGGAGGUGUACCGCAAAGUCCGGUUGGAGCAAUGUUAUGAGGACACUGGACAUGCCCCCAUUACGUUGAAAUGGCUCGACCGAAAUAAAGGAGACGCAAGCAAUCCCAACUAUCGUAGCAGACUUGUGGUAAGAGAAGUGAAGAAAUCGUCUCGGACGGACGACCUGCCGGAGCACGAACUGUUCAGUGCUAUGCCACCCCUGGAGGCACUGAAACUGCUAUGCUCCAUUCUCGUAUCACAGAAGGUGAGUGCACAGGGUAAACCCCUGAAACUCAAACUGUUCGAUAUAUCCCGUGCCCAUUUCUAUGGACAAAGCAGGCGCAAAGUGUAUACCAGUCUGCCCGAGGGUGACGAGCAGGAAGGGUAUUGCGCGUUGCUUCAACGCACGAUGUAUGGGACACAAGAUGCGUCUUCUGUCUGGCAGGAGACCUACACCAAGCUAAUGGACGGUCAUGGCAUCAAGAACGGCAGUGCGUGGCCUGCGAUCUUUGGUUGCAGCGAACGUGGCCUGAGGAUGCUAGUCCAUGGCGACGACUUCUUUGUCCUGGGUGACGACGAUGGACAGAAGUUCGUGGAAGGUGUUCUCGCUGAGAAGUUCGAGUAUCGGAUUGAUGGGUGUAUCGGGCCUGAUGCUACCGACGGUACUACCCUGACGGUGCUCAACAGGAUCAUCGAGUAUGACAAAGCCACUGGAACGGUGAAGUACGAGGCAGAUCCCAGGCAUGCAGAGAUGGUGGUGAAAAGCCUGGGCCUGGAGACUGCCAAGCCGGUGACUACCCCGGCUGAGAAGCAGACUCUGCAAAGCGUGUUGGCAAGCAUGACAAUGCCCCCGCUACCUCCCGACCAAGCGUCACUCUACAGGUCGGUGGUUAUGCGGGCGUCUUAUCUGUCGCAAGACAGGGCAGAUAUAGCUGAAGCUGUUAAGACCCUGGCGCGACGGAUGCAGAGUCCAACAGAGUACGAUAUGUCGAGGCUAAAGCGUCUGGGAAGAUAUCUGAAGGGACAGCCCCGCGUUCAGAUUCUUUUCAGGCCGCAGCAGAUGUUUACGAAGCUGCGGUGCUACGUGGACUCAGACCAUGCAGGCUGUUUGGUUACAAGAAGGUCUACGAGUGGACUUAUCUUGAUGGCUGGGCGCCACUGCACUAAGAGUUCAAGCACGCUACAAAGCACGAUAUCACUCAGCAGUGGAGAAAGCGAAUACUACGCAAUCGUGAAGGGAGCAGCACUCACGCUGAGCAUGGUUGCUCUGCUGGAGCAAUGGGACCUCAAGGUUGACUUGCGAGUGCGCUUCGAGAAUUCCCACAGGCGCACCGACAGCAGCACGGCCCUGGCAAGGCUCAACCCUUUGCGGGCCUUUGGGGCUGGCCGGGUCGUCGAAGUCGGCGUGCGCCAGUCCUAG